UGGGCGGCCCCGCGGUGGGAGUCACGGGGCGGGCGGGCCGCUGCUAUGGAGCUGCCUGCCGUCAGCCUCAAGGCCAUCAUUCUGGUGCACUGGCUGCUCACAGUGUGGGGAUGCAUGAAUAACUCGUUUCCAGCCUCCUAUGCUUGGGGGAAUUUCAGUGUCCUUGCAGUGGGGAUCUGGGCCAUUGUGCAGCGAGAUUCCCUUGAUGCCAUCGUGAUGUUCCUGACCGGCCUGCUGCUCACGGUCCUCACAGACAUCAUUCACAUCUCUGUCUACUACCCUCUGCGUGGUUAUCCCAGCGAUGUGAAGCGUUUCAGUAUGGGCAUGGCCAUCUUCAGCCUCCUCCUGAAACCUGGAUCCUGCUACUUUGUGUAUCGAAUGUACCGGGAGCGUGGAGGGGACUACAUCUUCAACAUAGACCUGGAGUCCUCGUCUGACAGCCAGUUUGCCUACAAUGGUCUCAACCGUGCAGGCCGGGACCGCAGUGCCUAUGAGACAAUUGAUCAGCAGGAAAGCUCUCCACUGUGGCCUGACUCAAGCAAGACAGCUCAGCAUCCAUAUUGAGGCCCUUGUCUGCAGCAGAACGGACACCUCCCUCCCUCAGUCCAGCCUUAUGCUCCUCCCAUGUCUGUUCUGAUGAAACAAGACCUUCUACUGAGCAAACAGGAGAGGAUCUGAUUUGACUUUUCUUUUUCCUUCCUGAAGAUUAGGCAGAGGGGUUCCUGGAAUGAGCCCAGAACAUCUCAGAUAACUUUAAGCUCUGUGACUCUUUGUGAUUCCAACACACUGCUUUCCCCCCUCCCCCUAAAUCCCUCCUCUGUAUGUGCAAGUGGAUGCACCUUCUGCAUUCUUCCAAGUCUUGUGUUGUGCCUCCUCUCGUUUUUAAGUAAGGGAGAUGCACAAAAUAUUCCUGGGCAAGCUAUCUUUAACAAGCUUAUGGACUGCCCCUAAGACAGCACAGUUUAGCCUGUCUUCUUGCUGGUACGUUUCCAGGAAACAUCUGGGAGUUCUUGAAGGCUGUUUUUGAUGAUGUUUUUAAAUUAAGAUUUAUGACCAUAACUCCAUGUGCUAGCUGUGGUGGUUUACGUGCAGCUGGGGUUUGUAUAAAGUGCUCUUACUGGGCCAGGGAGCAUUCAUUGAUGCUUUUAUGAAAGUUAAAUGUCCUUCAGGAUACUUAAAACGGCUGGUAAAUGUUGAUUACGUGUGCUCUGUGCCUUGAAAUGUCCUUUUGCCUUCAGCUGCCUGCCUUAAUAGGACUUGAAGUGUUAUACUUUUCUAAGAAAUCUAUGAAAUGAAUACAGUUCUUCUGUGUUAGAAAAAAAAUUACACUGGUCACCCAUGUUUCAUUUGAAAAUAUUGCUAUUCCUGAGGCUCUGGGACUGUAGUCUGGGGGAGUUGUUAUGGGACAAGGGCUACAAGGCUUCAAUGGCUCUGCUGUAAGCUUAAUGUAAACAUGUGGACAGUUCUGCAUGGAGAUGUGUGGAGGUGAGUGAGGAAAGGAAGGACUGGUGAAUGGCAGGGGUGGGUUUGUGUAGUUCUGCACUGUGGUGGUGAGCUCUGGAACAUGGCAAACUAUAAAUUUGGAUCUUAUGCACAGCAAACCUGCCCUGCUGUGGCUAUCAGGGGGAAAUUCUUAAAAACAAAUGUUCAGCAGGUUUUGUUAGAAGAAGAAAAGAUUGUCAGCCUUGGCUGAAGGAAAAUACAAGUGCUGGGAAGAUCUGUGCUUUUCUGCAGCAGGUUCACUUUCAAAGUAUACAUCUGUUAUUUGACAAUUGCAUUUCUCUGACAAGACCUGCUGCUGUGUUGACUCUUCAACGACCAAAACCCUGUUAACCCUGCUCUAGCCCUUAGAAAUGUACCAAAUGUAUCUUUAAAAGCAAGCAUUUUUCUUUCAGGUUUUGUCACUCUAAA